CUUAAACUAGUCGAUUUGGAUUGGACUGCCCUCCAAGUUUUAUAGAUAGAAAAAUAAAAGAAACAGAGAGAGAGAGAAUGGGAUCUAUAAUAUCAAGCUUCCUAGGAGGCGGCGCAACCGCAGAGGCAGCAGCAGCGACAUCAUCGGAGGCAUCAUCAUCUCGCAUCCUCUCCUUUCAUUCUCCGGCCAGAUGGCAGCUCCAUUUCAACAACUCCAAAGACUCCUCCCAACUCAUGGUGAUUGAUUUCGCUGCGUCGUGGUGUGGGCCCUGCAAGUUCAUGGAGCCCGCCAUCCACGCCAUGGCCUCCAAGUUCACCGAGGUCGAAUUCGCAAAGAUCGACGUUGAUGAAUUACCUGAUGUGGCACAGGAGUUUCAGGUGCAGGCAAUGCCAACUUUUGUGUUGGUGAAGAAUGGGAAGGAAGUGGACAGGGUGGUUGGGGCCAAGAAAGAUGAGCUUGAGAAGAAGAUUGAGAAGCACAAGGCCAUCCAAGCUGCAGUUUGAUCAUGAUGAUGAUCAUAAUUAAAAAUCCUUUCAUGGUUUCAUCUCAUUUUCCAUAAAUUUCACUGAUUAUCAUGAUGAUAUAACUGGGAUAUAGUAUUUGAUGAUAAUGAUGAAAAUUUAUUAUAUUUUCUGAAGUAAA